CUUGGUUCUGUUAUUAUGAAGUUUGCUGUUUUGGCCGCGCUUAUAGCGGCGGUCACAUGUGGACAUUCGAGUGACGAUAAUAUCGUCGAAAACCAAACAUGGCCCUGGCAAGUAGGAAAGCUGUACCGCUAUGAUGUAAAUUCAUACACCUUGGCUAGACUUCAAGAAGGAGCCAGUACUGGCAAUGCUUUCAAGGCUCACUUUAUCGUCCGUGUCAAAGCUCCUAACCGUCUUCAAAUAAAAUUGGAAAACUCGCAGCAUGCUGACGUCCAUCAAAAUUUACCUAAAGACCGCACUCUGCCCUCUGAUCUUAAGUAUCAGCCCGUUAAGGGACUGGAUAAACCUUUCGAGGUUACUAUUAAAGGAGGACGCGUCCUCUCUAUGAGCGCGCCGGCUUCCCUGUCCCUUUCUCACGAGAACUUACUCAAGGGUUUGAUCAGUGCUUUGCAAGUUGAUUUGUCAGCUCACUAUCAUAAUGAACAUAGCCCAAGGAACACUUUUGACAGGGAAACCAAACAGGGCCAGUUCAGAAGGAUGGAAACUGAUGUCACUGGUGACUGCGAAACCCUUUACACUGUUUCCCCUGUUUUGUCUGAAUGGCGCCGGGAGCUGCCAAAAUUCUCACUGAAAGAAGAUCCUAUCGAAAUCACUAAAAGCAAGAAUUACGACCACUGCCACCAGAGAGUCGCGUAUAACUUUGGAGUACCACAAGGCGCUAAAUGGACUGGAACCGCUCAGAAUAUUUACGAAAAACAGUUUGUCAGUCGCAGCACCACAUCCCGCAUUCUUGUAGACAGUCAGGCCAUCUAUAAGGCUGAAACCACAAGCACCGUCAACGUACAUCCUCAUUUAUAUGGCAAACAAAAGGCUGAAGUACUCAGUAGAGUUGAGCUUAGUUUAACUAGCUACGAAGAUGACAAGGAACCCGAAUGGCAGAAGUCCGAAGAACGCCGAGAGAUUAGGAAUCUUUUAUAUGCUAUAACGAAAAAACAAAAUUCAAACCGCGAUGAUUCUGUUUCAUCUACGUCUCAGGAGCAGAAUCAAGUCGAGGAAGAGCAAGAAUCUCAAAAUAGAAUGCGCCGUUCACUAAAAACUAAACUGAUCUCUAUUAACAAAGUUUUUAAGAGCCGUACUUCACACAGUGAUGGAUCGAGCUGGGAGGAAUCUAAGGAGGCUGACUUCCCUUCAGAUGUCAAUGACAACGUUCCUCUUAUAAACGAGCCUGCUUAUGAAGCUUUAUACUUGAACUCUGAAGAAGACAUGGGCACAAAGCAGAAGGCAGCAAAUGCUCAGAAACUUGUUCAAGAACUUGCUCAACAGAUGCAAAACCCCAACAAUAUGCCCAAGACUGAUUUCUUGACCAAAUUCAACAUUCUUGUCCACCUCAUUUCGUCGAUGAGUUUUGAACAGCUGAACCAGGCUAGUACUAGCAUUGAGGGAGCAAAGUCGUCUAAUAACGUCAUCAAGGCGGAUAUGUGGAUGAUAUACCGUGACGCUGUAGCUCAAUCUGGCGGUGUUCCCGCUUUUAAACAAAUUCUAUCAUGGAUCCAGAAGAAGAAAAUUCAAGGUGAGGAGGCAGCUGAAAUCGUUGCUACUCUGGUUAGAACUUUGCGCUACCCCACUAAGGAAGUUAUGACUAAAUUUUUCGAAAUGGCAAUGAACCCCGAAGUCAGGCAGCAGCAGUUCCUGAACACCACAGCCCUAAUCGCAGCCACUCGAUUCAUCUAUAUGGGUCAAGUGAACAACUACACUGCUCAUUACUUAUACCCCACUCACUUGUACGGACGUUUCGCUGAUAAAUACGAUAACUUUGUCCUGGAAAAAAUCCUCCCCCCUCUCGCUAAUGAACUCGAGAAAGCUGUUCAGCAAAAGGACAGUAGCAAAGCCCAGGUUUAUAUCAAGGCUAUUGGAAACUUAGGCCAUCGUCAAAUAUUGAAAGUAUUCGCUCCAUACUUAGAAGGCAAAAUCCACGUGUCAACUUACCUUCGUACCCAUAUAAUUAAUAAUCUUCAAGUUCUGUCAUUCCAACGGGACAAGUACGUCCGAAAUGUGCUCUACAGUCUAUUGAGAAAUACUGCUGAGCCCUACGAAGUAAGAGUAGCUGCUAUCAGAAAUAUUUUCAUUGCUUUCCCCAACCCGGCGAUGAUGCAGGCUAUGGCUCAGAUGACCCAUGAUGACCCCAGUAAACAUGUCCGUUCUGCUCUUAAGACAAGCAUUGAAGCUGUUGCUGAAUGGAAGAAUCUACGUUUCAGUGAUGUUGCUAAAUCUGCAGAGGCAGUUCGUCCCAUGCUGACUAAGGAAAAAUUCGCUGAGGAAUACACUGCGAGGAGUGAUUACUAUGACAGAGAUUACGGAUUUGACUUUGCCGAUAUUUUCGUUUACACCAGCAGCGAUGACAAUCUACUUCCCAGAUAUUUGAAAUAUUAUGUAACAAGCAAAUCAUCUGACUGGAAUGAGAUUGGCGCUUCCUUCUCAAGUGUGCAACAAUUCUUGGACUACUUUCAACAACAAAUGGACCGAAUCAGGCAAAAGAAGUCAAGAUCUGAGCCAAAUCACAAGUACUCCGCCAGCAAAAUAUCUGAAUUACUGAAGCUUAAGUACGACCCCCAGGAACCAUUGGAAGCUGACUUUAACAUUAACUUCAUGCAGCUAGAGAGAUAUUUCACCUUCAACGAAGACGACUUAAAAAAAUUACCAAUUGUUAUAAGAGACCUUAUUACGAACCUUACACAAGGAAUACAUAAACAUUACACUAAGGUUUUAAACCAAGCUCAAGUGUCUCUAAUGUUCCCUACAGCUAUGGGUAUGCCUUUUAUUUAUAAAUACAAGGAACCUACUGUUUUGCACGUACAGGGUAAUGUUAAGGGAAACAUGGAUCUAACUAAGCAGCCGAAGGACUUUUCUGGUUCCAUUCAAAAAGAGAUUCAGAUCACCUAUGCCAGAAAUAUCGAUGGCAGUGUUGGUUUCUACGAUACACUUGUUGAGAAGUUCGCUUCAGUGGGAGUCGUCAACAAAGCUCAAUUGUAUAUUCCUGUUAAAGCAGAUAUACAAAUGAAGCCUGGAGAAGUAAAAAUCCAUUUAGAACCUCUGCGUCCUGAAGAAGAUAUCACGAUUGCGCAUUACAGCGUUUGGCCGUACAGUACCAGUCAAAAGAAAGACUCUUUGGUGCCUGUUUCUCAAGAUCCGGCCACUAAAAUAAUUAAUCGCAACAACAAGGUCAAUUCCAUCGACUACAAGUUCGGUCAAUCUGCUGGCACCCAGUUCCAAUUCCAGGGUUACUCAUACUCUAAAGACUACACGAACUUUGCCGGCAUGAUCCGCUCUAAUGAUCUCCUUUCGAGUAUUGCCAAUAUGCUGUAUCAGAGAGACAUCGCUAUGACACACUACAACUUUAGGUACCUGGGAAAGCAAUCAUCAAACAAGGGUGUAACAGUCACAGCUGCGUACGACGUCGUUUAUAAUCAGAAACAAUCAAACCAGAAACCUUUCGCUGCAUCAAAGGUACAAGACAUAACUCCCAACAGCGCUGGACGUCGUGAGGAGAUGGUAAAACGUGUAGUUUCAGGUAUUAACACAGCCAAAGCACAAGUUGUUGACCUUAGCGCGUCGUUCGAUGGUCCCCAAAAAGCUGAAUACACGCUUACCGCUGCCAUCGGCCAGAGUCCAGUGGACCGCAAGAUUCAAUUUGCCGUAUUUGCUAGCCGAAACUCGGCUGACGAACAUAACCAAAUUAAUGCUGCUGUUACCGUCCGCAGACCUGAAGUAAGUGCCAUGAACCUCGUAGAAGCAUUGAAGAAAGAUUUAAAAAUGGACUUUGAUGCUGAAAUUAAGUUUGGAAAUGAUGAAGACGGUAGUGUGGAGAUCCGUGGUUACACCGAUCGCAGCAAGAAAUACACAGAAGAACUGCAGAAGACUCAUUUGGCACAGCAAGCCAUGGAAGAGAUCGCCAACAAUAAUUAUUACCAAGAGGCCAACCACAAGAUGCUCGUUAUGGCGCACGCUCCGGACUACUUGAAGGCGUCUAUUACGUACAAAAAUGUCAACCCUGCUUUCAAAUAUUUGCUCUUCCAAGCUUACAGAUUGGCGGAAGGCUUCGGAUUCUGGUAUUCAGAUGUUAACCCUCUGAAAACAUUGCCUGAUGGUAAAAUCGAACUUGAAGCGCAGACUUCUUAUAUGGAAAAUAUGAUCAACUUGAUGCUCAAGUCCAGAUAUGGAGAAGUGCAAGUCAAGAACGUUCCUAUUCCUAAAUCUGCUGUCAACGCCGCAUCUACUUACUCUCCCUUUAAGCUAAGCGAACGUAUUGGUAACUACUACACUCGUCAUCAGUAUCAACCUUUUUGCGCCGUUGAUGAUAAUCAAAUUCGCACGUUUAGCGAACGUAGCUACAACUACAAAUUGACAAGCUCGUGGCAUGUGGUAAUGCAAAAUGCGCCCAGACCAGAAAACUCGCAGAGGAUGGACCAGCUCGUCGUUCUCGCCAGAAAACCAAGCGAAAAAGAGCAGGAGAUAUACAUUUCUUACCAAUCUGAAACCGGAAGAGAUUUAGAGAUUGAGAUCAAACCGACGAAAUACGAUGAGCAGCAGGAAUCGAAGAAACGUGAUGUGACAGUAAAAACCAAUUCCAAGAAAGUUUCCGAUGGUAUUUUGACCAUGUACUGGGACGACGAUGAUAACGCGCCUUUCCUCGAAUACUAUACCCAGCCAGAUGGUGUUCUCAUUCUAAACAUCCGCGAAGAUCGACUCCGUGCCAUGUAUGACGGCCAAAGACUGGUUGUGUUGGCUAAAAACAACAGAAACAACACUAGAGGCAUCUGCGGUUACAUGAGUGGUGAACCUCUUGAUGAUUACAUGACUCCUAAUGGCCUGGUUGAUCGGCCUGAAUAUUACGGUGCAUCAUAUGCUCUUAAUGUAGAGAACAGUGACUAUCAGACCCAGCAACUACAAAGCCAGGCUAAAGAAGUACCUUAUCAGCGCAGGUUCAAAAACACAAACGUUCUUCGUUCAGACAAGUAUUGGCAGCAAGCUAUGGUUGACUCUUCUUCGGAGGAGGACAGGCAGUCUGAAAAUGUUUACAGAUCAAGGGGAUACUCCAAAAAACUUGGAACUUGCCAAAUGCAACAGCAAGUUCAGUAUUAUGAGAACCAUGGCGAAAUUUGCAUCACCACAGCCCCAAUGAACGCAUGCCAGUCUCAUUGCCAGGGCAAUGGUUACUCAGUGAAGUCCGUUCAGGUCGUGUGCCGUCCGAAAUUGGACCAGAAGUUCCAAGAGUACAGGAACCAGAUUCAACAAGGGCAAAAUCCCAAAGUAAAUGGACCUACGGAAACGAAGCAGUACAGGGUGCCGACUUCGUGCAACAUGUAAGGUAUAUAGAUAGUUGUGUAGAAUGUAAAACACAAUGUUUUUAAAGACGCGGCUAGACAACGGAUUCUAAUGAAAAUAUUUAUUUAUAGUAGUGUCAUGUUAUUAAAGACUUGUAGGUAGGUACUACUUAUGUAGCUACCUACACGAACCUACUAUUAUACGAAACUUUUUAAUAUAAAUUAUGUAUACUGCUUUAUUUAUUUAAAAUUAAUAUUUAUUUUCUGUUAUUUAUUUUGUAUUGAACUAUUUUAAAUUAUAUUGCAG